GUGCCUUUCAUGUGUCAAUAUGUGUGCACGCUUUCUCCGGACAGGCGAGGAUCAAAAUGGCGUCAGAUAGACUUAGAUCUCAUUGUAUCACUGAACGUCUUCGCUGGCAUUGCAUACGGAUUAAUUGAUGAAAUUUAAUCUUUUGUUGGAUAUAACGAAUAGAGAUCCCCGUGAUGAUGCCUACUUUUUAUUAAAGUGAAAUAUCUGAUUAUUUGAAUAUAAUUGAUGUAAAUUUUUACUUAAUGUGUAAAGCUUUUAAGUGGUGGAAUGGUUUACUCAGUCCAAUGACAAAUGAUAAAGUGAGGAUGUACUUCAGGCUUAAGAGUGAGGUGGUGCGCACAAACUGAUUUCAACCCCCAGAUCAUUUAACUGAUCGUUACAAGGCGGUACUUACCACUCCUUAAUAAACAGACCUAGUUUUUAUAUAGUAUAUAAUGAACAGUGUUGUCAGUGUAGUUUUGUGAUGUUGUUCCAUGUUUCUGGAUUGUGAUUGUUUGUUGUUGUGUUCUAAGUCUUUGGCGUUUACCCUGUGUCAUUAAACGUGGUUAAUGUUAAUACCUUCUGCUACUGAGCUUGUCUCAAUUGUAGAUUUUCGUUUUAUUUUAACGGAUAUUGAUGCUGAUGUGGCAACUAGGUGAAUGUAUUUGUAUAAAUAUUUAUUGUAUGAAAAAUGAGUGUCUUUGUGAUUGUACAUUUAUUCAUGGAGAAAACAUACAUGAUCUUGGUGUAAAUAUAUACAUGGCAUAUGGUGCUAGAAACUUGAAAGAAUCGCAGGAUAAUGACAGGGAGGGUUGAAUCAGAUAAAGAGUUUAGGUACACUGACUGCCAGUUCAUCUUUGCGGUAUUUCAAAUGCUGAGAUUUGGUACGCCGGAUGCCAGCCCAUGAUGGCAAUAUUUGACAUGCUGACAUUAGGUAUGCAGGGUUACAACCUAUGGUUACGGUAUUUCAGAUGCUGUUUACGGGCCAGCCAAUUAUUAAUGGUUUAGAUGCUCCGUCGUUAGGUUUACCGGGUUUCAGCCUAUAUUUAGCGUUCCAGUCAAUUAUUACAAUAUCUUAGAUGACGACAUUAGUCUGGAUCCAGUUAAUUAUUUCGGUAAUCCAGAUGUCGAGUUUAUUUAAGGAAAAGGGUCAAGUUUCAAGAUAACGAGCAUCCUUAAAUACAGUUUUUGCCGUAUCCCUACCAUGCAAGGCUUUUUAUUUUCAUUAAUAGCUGAUUUAUGUAAGGAAAUUACAAUGGAUGCAAAUAUUCAUAUAACAUAAAAAGUAUACAGACAGUAUUGGGAAUUAUUUUAAUAUUUGUACUAAAUAGUUUUACCGAUUCUAUGCAAACAAGGAGGUUGUGGUGAUUCCGGUCUCAAAUAAACAUUUUUCCGGAUUCAAAGCAUACGGGUAGGUGGGUGUAUCGAGGGUUGCACUGUCCACCAUGCUUCCAUGGAACUUUAGGAAAUGGUACUGAAUUUUGGACAAAUAACAAAGAACUAUCUUAAGAAUAAGAAAAUGAUAAAGAUGACAGGCGGAUCAAGCAUUAUUGCAUUUACAACAAUUCUUCUGACAUUAGUUGUCAAGACAUCGUGCCAGGAUUGUUCUCCAUGCUCUUGCUGCAAUCGUGAAAAAGGAUGCUCCUACAACAACCAACUUGGGAUUGAUCACUAUUGCUGGAGCGGAUGCAUCGGUGGAUUCAUGAGUCCUAAGUGCCAGAAAACUUGUGUAAAUCCGCGAUGUCGAUCAUGUUCAACAGAGAGUACAUGUGACACAUGCUAUAAUGGCUAUUACGGAUAUCAAUGUACAAGUAGGUGCCCAACGACCUGUAACACAUGUUCUUCAAGCACAUCAUGCACAUCCUGCAAUGAUGGAUUCCACGGAAAUCAGUGCCAAAACUCAUGCCCAUCUACCUGUAAAACAUGCCUCUCCAGCUCCUUCUGUACAGUCUGCAAUGACGGAUACUACGGAGAUCAGUGUCAAUACUCAUGUCCAUCAACCUGUAAAGCAUGCAACUCUAGUUCCUUCUGUACAUCAUGUUGGGACGGACAUCACAGCGGGUCGGGGGCAAUGUGUUUAUUUCAUUGCAACCCAGAGUGUUUAUCUUGCACAAAUGAAACAUCAUGUACAGCAUGCAAGACCCGAAGUGGUAUUGGUUAUUAUAGAAAUGAUUGUUCUAGCCAAUGUAGUAGGAAAUGCAAAGACUACUUAUGCGAUAUAUAUGGACACUGCCUGGAAUGUGCUGACCCUCACUUCCUUGGGAGUAGCUGUGACAGAUGUAUUAAUGGCAAAUACGGGAGUCUCUGUCACAAUAAUUGUCCCGUAAAUUGCUACAGCGAUUGUUCAAGCACGGGUAUAUGCAAAUCAUGUAAGGAUGGGUUCUUUAGUAAUUAUUGCAAUAUAUCGUGUUCAGAAAACUGCAAAUACGGCACAUGCUACCGGAAUGGAUCUUGCAUUGGAGGAUGUAAGGAUGAAUUCAGUGGAUCAAGAUGUGAACAAAAGACUUGUCCUAUAAACUGCAAUUGCGAUAACAAUAACAGCUGCUUUGAAUGUGAUGCUUAUCAUUUCGGGCCUUCAUGUUUGCUUUCCUGUAGCUCAUGUAAAGACAACCGAUGCCCAGUUGAACGUCUACAUGCAGAAAAAUGUGAUGAAUGUGCAACUUGGCGGUAUGGCAAUCUCUGUAAUGAAACUUGUCCGCGCUAUUGUUUAGAUAACAAGUGCGACCAAGAUAAUGGGACAUGUGUUUGUGACAAGAACUACACGUUUAAAAAUGGUAAAUGUGUUCCUAGUUCUUGCCCCGCUAACUGCUCAACGUGCACUUCACCAGAUGUAUGCGACUCAUGUGUUGAUAGGUAUUUUUAUGGAGAUACUUGUAAACACGAAUGUACUCAUUGCAAGGCAGGAACACCCUGUCGGAAAGUUGACGGAUAUUGUUGGGAUGCAUGUGCUGAUGGUCUAUCUGGGGUUGAGUGUAAUACUUCGUGUUACAAUGAAUGUGAAACUUGUCAACGUUUUUUCGCAAGUAUGUGUGUAUUGUGUAAAACUGGAAGAUAUGGGAAUAAUGGACAUUACAACACAUGCAAAAACCUUUGCAAUAUUAAAUGUAUGAACAACUCUUGUGAAGCUUUGACUGGUCAAUGUAAUCAAGGUUGUGUGAAUGGAUACCACGGGACUAACUGUAUCGAUUCAUGUCCAAUACAUUGUUUGAACAAAACAUGCAAACAGGUCAAUGGUACAUGUGUAAACGGCUGUGAGGACGGGUAUUAUGGCUUAAAGUGUUUAAAUACAUGUAUGAGUGUUGAAUCGAACUGUCUCGUUUGUACUUCAAGUCAAAACACAUUCAGUUCCUGUACACGGUGCACUAAAUGGUCAUAUCCAGGAUCCAGCGGUAAGUGCGUUCCAUGUGAACCGAAUUGUUCUGGAGAAUGUAACUCGUCAACAGGUGUAUGCUAUGAAUGUGUAGAUGGAUACAGGGGAUCGUUUUGUAACGUUUCAUGUAUAUCAAAUUGUAAAUCAUGCCUUCAGAAUAACGAUGAAUGCAAUGUUUGCAAAGAGGAGUUUUGGGGUAGUGACUGCUUAAACAAUUGCAGCACAAACUGUAAACACGGAAAUAAUUCAAUGUCUAGCUGUGAUAUAAAUUCUGGGAAAUGCCUACAUGGAUGCCUAUCUGAAUCGCAUGGAUUACAGUGUUCUCUUCUUUGUGGCAAACAUUGCCUCCCUUCUGAAGGUGGAGUUCGUGAGUGCAACCAAAUGGAUGGUCAGUGUAGAUGUGAGAAUGGGUACAAACAGACCGACACAGGAUGUACUGAUGCAUCCGUCGCAGACCAAAUUAACCAAAAUGGUGGCGCCGGUGAUGGAACGUCUGGAUCAGUUAUAGGUGGUGCUGUUGGUGGUGUUCUCGGACUUCUUACAGUUGCCCUCGUUAUCGGGCUUUUAAUCUUCGUUAGGAGAAGAAGACUGGACAGCACCGACGGCCCUAGGGCAGAUGCAGCAGACUUAGUUAUUUUCAUAGAGGAAAACAGUGUAGUCUACCAGAACAAGAGUGCUUCAGCCAAUAUUUACAAUGAAAUCAACGAUAAAACGGAUAAAGUGAAAUCUAGCAAAGGGCGUAAAAACAAUGCUAAAGAGUCACCUACGACUUCAACUAAUGACAACAAACUGGAUCGUCUCUCCGACUCAAAAUUGGGGGUUACAAGAGCUUCAACAGAACAACUAAAGACAAACCAGUUAAAAUCAUCAGAAGGAAAAUCAGAACAUUCGGAAAACAGCGCGAAGUGCAAAACACCUGUCGAAGAUUCGCCCAAAGACAUAUUACAGGACAAAGACACCGAUGAUGUGUAUUACAAUCUGAAUAAGGUUGCUGUCAAAGACCUUGGAGCUUUUGUGGCUGCCAAAGACAACUCAUAUUACCAAGAAGAGUUUAAGAAACUUCCUGAUGGUUUGGUAAAACCCCAUCAAGAUGCAUUGAGGCCAGAAAAUCGUCCAAGAAAUAGAUAUCAAGGCAUCUACCCAUAUGACAACACCAGAGUGAAAUUGAUGGGCGGAGAUACGGAUUUUAUCAACGCCAGCUUUGUAGAGGGAUAUAGACAGGAAAAUGCAUACAUUGCAUCUCAAGGUCCAACAGAUAAGACCAUGCAGGACUACUCAGUGUUUUGGCGGAUGGUUUGGCAGCAGAAAGUGGGCAAGAUCGUCAUGCUCACCAAUUUAGUGGAAGACGGGAAACCAAAAUGUGACCAAUACUGGCCCGACCAUGGAAUCACCAAACAAUACAGCGAUAUAAAUGUGACGUGUUUAAGUGAAGACAUGUACGCCGACUUCGUGAUGAGAACCUUUUUAGUGAAAAUGGAUAAAGAGGACAUGACAGUCCAACAUUUUCAUUUCACCAGCUGGCCGGACAAAGGGGUCCCCGAUGAUGUAACUUCCCUGGUCGAUUUCCGUCACAGGGUUCUACAAACAAAAUCGCCACUUGGUGGACCUACAAUCGUUCACUGCAGUGCUGGCGUUGGCAGGACGGGAACGUACAUAGCGAUGGACUUGUUGACAAGAGAGGGUGAAGCUGAAGGAUCCGUUAACAUACAUGGUUGUGUCACCAAUCUCAGACAUCGUCGUACACGUAUGGUCCAAACGGCGGAUCAAUAUGCCUUCCUGCACCACGCAAUUGUUCACACGUUAGCGUUUGACAGUAAACCCGUUCAAACGGAGGGGUUUGCGACCUACAUGUCGGAUUCGAAGAACAAACAGAGACUAAUCAAACAAUUCAAGCAACUGGAGAUUACCAUGGAAAGAUCUGAAGAGGAGCGACAAGCAUCUGAAAGAAAUGCAGCCUUAACAAAGUCCAACAGGGAGGGCGCUGACAUUCCAGGUAACUUGUACAGGCCUAGGUUGCAUUUAGGUAAAGAACCGGGGCAUGAUUAUAUCAACGCCAUGUAUGUUAAUAGCUACAAACAACGGAAUCAUUUUGUUCUCGCGAUGACUCCUCUUGAAGAGACCGUUACAGACUUUCUUUGCCUCGUGAUGCAGGAAAAAGCGGUCUGCAUCGUCGAUAUGGAGAGUGAAUGCUCCCUGUACAUUCCUGAUCUUGGCACACAGAAGCAGUUUGGUUCAUAUACAGUAGACAAUCUUCGACAAAUGUCGACACCCUACAGUAUCAACAGGGUGCUUAGAAUGAGCUACAACGGCCUGAGAGGACCUAAUGAACAUACGGUAUCUCACUACGAAGUUACGGCCUGGCAAGACAAUGUUAAAGUUCCCGAGUCGGCAACACACUUUUUGCAACUUGUCAAGGAAGUAGAGACAAAGGCCGCCUCUGGAUCCGCUAUUAUGCAUUGCAAGACUGGUGGCGGACGCUGCGGCCUGUUUGCGGCUGUUUGGACGCUUCUGGAGAAAACAGGCAUAGAACACGAGGUCUCGGUGUUUAACACAGUUCGCCAACUGCGGGCGAGACGGCCAAAUGCCGUUAGGACUAGAGAGCAGUACGCUUUUUGCCACGUUUGUGUUCAUGAGUAUCUGCAAUCAUUCGACAUCUACUCUAAUUUCUCGUAGCAAUUUAAUAUUGCCAUUAACUUGUUCAUAAAUACAUAUGAUCGUACGUAACAUAUGCGUACGUGAAACUUGACUGACUGUACAGAUGAUCUCGUCACGAUUGUGUUCUGUCUGUCAUUCGGUGCUUUCUUACAUUUUUUAUAAAACACAAACUAUAACCUUGUAUGAUUGCUGUAUAGCUGAUUGUUGUUAUAAUAUCUAAUAUGUAUAUAUACAUUGGAAAUAGUGUGUACAAGUAAAUCAAAAGGUGGUAUUGUCAUACACAGUGUAUAUAGACAAAAUAAAUAUAUAUGUAAAAAAAAUCAACGCUUAUGCACAUGUUUAUACUUCGUUGAUAUAUUUCCUUAAGUAGUGGUAUUGUCUCAAUAUUGAGUAAUUUAUACUUAAUUUUACGGCUACUGAGCUUGUUUCUUGUUCUAUAUCUAUGGAACGGACUAUAGAUAGACUGACCACGUGAUUGGCCAGAGCCCGCGGAGCCCGGCACGCUCCAGCGUCAGUC